UUUCUCUCGGUGCUGUAUGGUUCACGGCUCGAAUUACACACGACGGGUUUUUCUUCUUCUCCUGCAGCUUUCCUGCUGCUCUCCCAGCCACAAUGUGUGCGGAUCGCACGGCUCCGUAGCUCAGCCCGUCGUUAAGGCUCGUAUUCAGUGGGAGUUUGUGGACCGAGAGCGAGCGGUCGUUGUUUUUCUCCGGCACGUCUUCCUGGGAAGAGGCGAUGGACUUGCACAUUCUAGACCACAGACUGAGGGUGACCAGUAUCAGCAAAAGUGGGCUGCAAAAUUACACCCACCCUCUAAUAAAAUUGAUAUUUCUAAGGAACAGGACGAGAUGUAAAUUCUUCAGUCUGACAGAGACUCCAGAAAAUUACACAGUUGUUCUUGAUGAAGAAGGAUUUAAAGAGCUGCAACCAUCUGAGCACCUGCAGGUAGAAUGCUCUACCUGGCUGCCCCUCAACGUCAUCUCCAAUGGAAACACAUCCAGCAGCUCCCAGGCCGUGGGCGUGACCAAAAUCGCCAAGUCCGUCAUUGCCCCGUUGGCCGAGCAGCAUGUGUCGGUCUUCAUGCUCUCCACCUAUCAAACGGACUUUAUCCUGGUGCGAGAGAAAGACCUGUCGGUGGUGAUCCACACGCUGGCAGAAGAGUUUAAUAUUUUCCGGGAGGUGGACGGGGAAUCUGUGCCUGUACACAGUCAGGAUACAUGCAACGGCCUCCAGAGGAACGGAAAAGAAGCCCCUCAUUCCACAGUGCACCCAGUGAUGAUCCCCAAGAAUCAGUUCUGUGUGAUGAGUUUGGACCCUGACACUCUGCCGGGCAUCGCCACUACGCUCAUCGACGUCCUCUUCUACUCCAACAGUCCUAAGGAGGAUGCCGCUGUGGCUGACGAUCUGGAGUGCAUUAAGUUCUUCUCUUUCUCCCUGAUCGAUGGCUACGUCUCCUUGGUGAUGGAUACGGAAGCUCAGAGACAAUUUCCUGCAGAUUUGCUCUUCACUAGCUCUUCUGGUGAGCUCUGGAGGAUGGUUAGAAUCGGGGGCCACCCGCUGGGCUUCGAUGAAUGUGGGAUUGUAGCACAGAUCUCUCAGCCACUAGCAGACAGUGACAUCUCAGCCUAUUACAUCAGCACAUUCAGCUUCGACCAUGCCCUGGUCCCAGAAGAGGACAUAGGGAGCGUUACAGACAUGCUUCAAGAUCAGAGAAAAGACGUCAGAUGCUGAACUGACCACGAGAUGACAGAGUGGACCGUAGCGUGUGUGUGUGUGUGCGACUAACACUACAACCAGAAGUAUUAACCACUGUUCAUGUUGCCAUUUCCACCAAAAGUGCUUCCACGAUAAUGCGUCUAGACUAGGACUGGCUCACAAGAGACGAGCUCAAGGUCACGUCCUCACAGAAAGCUUUGAAAUGCAGUUUCCAUCCUGGAACUUUGGCGCUCUUAUUGCUCAUCAAAGUGGCGCUUUGUUGUCUUGAUUAAUAGGACUGUAAUACGUCUCUUAGAACGAGAGUUGAGGUUUUUCGACUGAGUGGGAGGUGCUAAUGGCUUUCAGUCCUUACUUUUUUUUUAACGAGUAAGUGACGUUAGUAUGCAAAUAACGCUGCAUCUUCAGAUCUUUUGACGUGGAACCUGAGGUGCCCUGACGUUUAGCUUUAGCGUGUCCAAUUUUUUCCAGGUGGGUUUUUUUGGUAGCACAGAAAACACUAUCAGUGUUAUAUCCGUCUUCCAGUAUUGUCAUAAUAAGAGAUAUUUUUGUAUGCCAAACUUGUUUAGGGUUAAACAUUUGAUUUGAGAUGUAGCAUUAAACUGACUCCCCUAAGAAAAGGUUUCUUUGGAUAGUCAUUCAUAGAAGACCAGUUACUGAGACCCUAUUUUGGCCCAGAAAUGGGUAUUUCUUUUGGUAAACAUGUCAAAUGUCUUGGUGAAUACUUCAGUCUUGCCAUGUGUGACAAUCUUGUUUCCACAUGUUUUACUAGAAUCUGUGAAUAUAGUUCAUUGACAGUAUAAUGGUUUGAGGGAGUAUGUGAUUAUUAAGGUCCUCAGUUACUGCUCAGUUAAUUUCUGUUCCUCGAUCAGGGUUUUUUUGAGGACGCAGUUUGCUAACAAACCUUUUGAGUCUAUAUUUGUUUGGACUGGGCAACAGCUCAGCUGUUCCACUAUUGACUGAUAGAUAGGAGAGUUGCCUUUCUGCCUUUGAUGGCUCAAAUUGUUAAUCGGCCUCAAUGUGGCCUUCAGUGUGUUGUGUUCAGUUGUAACUGAUCAGAAUCAGCUGUUUGAUUUGGCUUCCGUAGAUUUGCCAGGAUUUUGUUGUAUCAGACAAAUAAAUCACUGUUGUCAUAUCAAAA